AUGGCCAACAAAUUAGAUACAUUGACUGUCAACUUGUCCAGUGCACCUCACCAACGUGCAUUUACCACCACCACCAGCCCUGUUGUUUUGUUCUCUGUUUUGGAUCAUUUCUUGCGUCGCGAUGAUUCUCAACAAAAAGUCAUUGGUGCUCUCCUAGGUGUUCGUAGCCAAGAUGGCAGUGAAGUCGAAAUUAGAAAUGUCAUGCCCUUGAUUUACACAUUAGAAGAAGAGAAUAUUGCUUUGGACAAGGAACACUACCGCAAUAUGUAUGAGUUACAUCAAAGAGUCAACCCAGAGGAAAUCAUUUUGGGUUGGUAUACUGCUGGCGCUGAUUUGUCUCCUGCUUGUACACCUGUUCACUCUUUCUUUGCUGAGGACGUCGCUCCCUUCCAACCUAUUCAUGUCACCAUUGAUAUAGAUGCUCUUGUCAAGACCACAGAUAUGGGUCUUCGCGCUUAUGCAAGUGCUCCUGUCGGUUUCUCUACUAACCCCGGAGAUUGCUUAUUCUUGCCUGUUCCUUGUGAGGUCAAAUAUCUUGAUGCUGAAAGAAGUGGAUUGGAUAUGCUCGCAUCUGCUAAAUCCAACGAGUCUCGUUCCGCUCCUUUGAUUUCAGACAUGGAUCAUCUCGAAAUUGCCAUCACCAAGCUCCAGGAAAUGCUCGAAAGAAUCAGCAAAUAUGUUGACAGUGUUGUUGAUGGCAGCGUCGCCCCCAACAACGCCAUUGGUAGAUACAUUAUGGAUACUGUCUCAGUUGUUCCCAAGAUUGACAGCACAUCAUUUGAAAAGAUGUUCAACUCUCAUUUGCAAGAUCUCUUAAUGGUUGUUUACCUCGCCAACAUGACCCGCACUCAGCUUUCUGUUGCUGAACGUUUGCAAUUAUUGACCGCCACUAACUAA